AUGACGGGAGAGCUAAAUAUGGACCAUUCCUGUUUCGAUUCCAAAAUGAAGAGACCCAACGGAAUGGUGGCAGAUUUGAACACCGCAGUUGAAAAUGAGGAAAGCCGUUUAAAAGAAGCGGUUAAACGCUUCCCAUGGCUUGCCAACGUUACUCUGUAUGGCUGCCUGUUUGCCGGCGGAGACUUUGUUCAUCAGAUGAUCGCACAAAGAGAAGAGAUGGACUGGAAACACACCAGAAAUGUUGCCAUAGUGGCCAUCAGCUUCCAUGGAAACUUUAAUUAUUUCUGGUUGCGGGCUUUGGAAAGCCGUUUCCCGGGAAAAUCUCCCGGAAUGCUCUUCCGCAAACUGCUCCUGGACCAAAGUUUUGCAUCACCCUUGGCAACGAGUGUCUUCUACACAGGAGUGAGUUUCUUGGAGAAUAAAGACGACGUCUUCGAGGACUGGAGAGAAAAGUUCCUCAACACGUACAAGACUGGACUCAUGUACUGGCCUUUCAUGCAGUUCCUAAACUUCAUCCUGAUGCCUCUGUACCUGAGGACAGUCUUCAUGGGCUGCUGUGCGUUCCUGUGGGCCACCUUCCUGUGUUUCUCCCGGCAGAGUGGGGACGGUACGGCCAGCGUGGCCCUCGCCUUCGUCCUGUAUCCCAAACAGAGGCUGCAGGCCGCCCGGGAGGCCCACCUCGCCCGCAAGAAACAGAAAGAAGAGGAGGAACAGCAGCAGAGCACUGGCAACUAAAUUAAUUGGUUCAAUGAGAUUCGAUUCAAUUCAGGGAACAGGAAACAGAAGAGGACCUGAGCACUGAGAACUGAACUGAAUUGGUUCAAUGAGAUUCGAUUCAAUUCAGGAAACAGAAGAGGACCUGAGCACUGAGAACUGAACUGAUUUGGUUCAAUGAGAUUCGAUUCAAUUCAGGAAACAGGAAACAGAAGAGGACCUGAGCACUGAGAACUGAACUGCUAAAAUGUUAUUUCAAAUGAAUUUCAACAAAACGUUGUUAUAUCUCCCUGUCUUCAAGGGCAACAAGACAAGGAACGAGGGCAUGGUUAGAGGGUGAGACCACAACGUCAUCAUGUGAGGCCAGGGCAGGCUCUCACACCUUACAAAAAAACAAAAAAACACAUAGUGAAAACUGAAUCAGUUGGAUUGAAUAUAAUUUUAUUGAUAUCCUCAGGGGCGAGGACGAGUGAAUAUAACUUUAUUGCUAUCCUCAGGGGCGAGGACGAGUGAAUAUAACUUUAUUGAUAUCCUCAGGGGCAAGGACGAGUGAAUAUAACUUUAUUGAUAUCCUCAGGGGCAAGGAGGAAUCAUCGUUGGAAUACAGUUAUAUAAUUUAUGCCUACUGUACAUAUACAAAUACAUCCAUCUAUUACAAUGCCAGCAACACAUACAGUGGGCUUAAUACCUCCACCUAAUACUAUACCAGCAACACGUACAGUGGGCUUAAUACCUCCACCUAAUACUAUACCAGCAACACCUACAGUGGGCCUAAUACCUCCACCUAAUACUAUACCAGCAACACCUACAGUGGGCUUAAUAUCUCCACCUAAUACUAUACCAGCAACACGUACAGUGGGCUUAAUACCUCCACCUAAUACUAUACCAGCAACACCUACAGUGGGCUUAAUACCUCCACCUAAUACUAUACCAGCAACACCUACAGUGGGCUUAAUAUCUCCACCUAAUACUACACCAGCAACACGUACAGUGGGCUUAAUACCUCCACCUAAUACUAUACCAGCAACACGUACAGUGGGCUUAAUACCUCCACCUAAUACUAUGCCAGCAACACGUACAGUGGGCCUACAUUACAGACGUUACAUCACUGAUUCAAUUCAAUACAACUUUAUCAAUCCCGUCAAGCCAGAAAACACAGUCGGACACGGAACACAUUGCUUACAGACAUUCAGACUGUACAGGUGUAGAAGUGCAAUACAUUACGUGAAACAGAACAAGUCACUCUGAGAUACAUGUAAGUUGCUUGUAAGACAAACAUGUUGGGUGGAUGAGAGGAGGUGUUAGAUGUUGUGAUUUGCAGGGAUGUUUCUCCUCUAGGGAGAGGAGAUGUUAGAUGCUCCUCAGGGAGAGGAGGUGUUAGAUGUUGUGAUUUGCAGGGAUGUUCCUCAGGGAGAGGUGUUAGAUGUUGUGAUUUGCAGGGAUGUUCCUCAGGGAGAGGAGGUGUUAGAUGUUGUGAUUUGCAGGGAGAGGAGGUGUUAGAUGUUGUGAUUUACAGGGAUGUUCCUCAGGGAGAGGAG